AUGACUGGAAGCCUCAUAUUCCGAUGUAUUAUAAGUAGUUUAACUCCAAAGUUUCCAUCGAAAACUAAUUUAUUAAGAAGCAGUAGAUUGACUACUGGUAUUUUAAACGGUUCUUGUAACUAUUGUACGAAAGUUAAAUCUAAGGCUGUAGAGAAAAAACAUUGCAAUGUAGGUACUAUAGGCCAUGUCGAUCACGGUAAAACGACACUAACAGCUGCUAUAACCAAAGUUUUAUCUAAAGACGGUUUCGCGAAAUAUGUUUCUUACGACGAAAUUGAUAGGGCCCCGGAAGAAAAGGCACGGGGAAUUACCAUAAAUGCCGCUCACGUAGGCUACAGUACGAAAAACAGACACUACGCUCAUACAGAUUGCCCCGGACAUGCAGAUUAUAUUAGAAAUAUGAUAUCGGGAGCUUCUCAAAUGGAUGCAGCAAUUGUUGUAGUCGCAGCUAACGAUGGGCCGAUGCCACAAACAAAAGAACAUUUGUUGCUGGCAAAACAAGUUGGAAUCAAAUAUGUUUUGGUGUACAUCAAUAAAGUUGAUAUCGUAGAUAAUGAAUUAGUCGAAUUAGUGGAGAUUGAGAUGCGAGAAAUGUUGACAGAUUAUGGCUUCGAAGGUUUAACAGCACCUAUCAUUCAUGGUUCAGCACUCGCUGCUUUAAAAGAUGAUCAAACUGAAAUAGGGGUCCCAUCUAUAAUGAAACUCUUGGACACUAUGGAUAACUACAUUCCACCGAUCAUAAGAGAUCUAGAAUCACCAUUUCUUCUGCCCAUAGACAAUGCUUUCACAGUACCAGGGAGAGGAACAGUUGUCGUUGGAACAAUAAAAAGAGGUGUUAUGAAGAAAAAUGAUGAAGCAGAGCUCAUGGGGUUUGGUUAUAAUAUUAAGACUACGCUGUCUGAUAUACAGAUAUUUAGAAAAAGUGUGCCCGAGGCACUGGCCGGUGACAACGUGGGCGUGUUACUCCGCGGCAUGAAACUCAGGAACGUAGAGACCGGCAUGAUAGUGAGUGCGGCCAAGAGUUUGAGUCUUAGUAAUCAUUAUAAGGGGAAGGUUUACUUCCUGAGUCACUCUGAAGGAGGGAGGAAGAAACCGGUCUUCUCAAAAUACACGCAACAAAUGUUCAGCGGGACGUGGAAUAUUGCUUGCAGGAUAGAUUUAGAGCCGUCAAUGGAGAUGUUGAUGCCUGGUGACCACGCGGACGUGUUGCUGACCUUAUUAGAGGGCAUGGUCAUGGUCAAAGGUCAACAGUUCACUAUCAGAGAGAACAACGUGACCGUCGCCACGGGCAUCAUAACGGACACGAUGCAAUCUGUAAACGUGCCUGAUAGAAAACUAGGAAAGGUCGUUAUUAAUACUAAAUAG